AUGUCUUUAGAGGUGAAGGAGAAGACCCAUGUCCGCAUGGUGUUUUUGGGAGCAGCUGGAGUGGGCAAAACAGCUUUGAUCCGCCGUUUUCUCCAAGACACCUUUGAACCCAAGCAUCGUCGCACGGUGGAGGAGCUGCACAGCAAGGAGUAUGACAUAGGUGGGAUGAAAAUCACAGUUGAGAUCCUGGACACCAGUGGCAGCUACUCCUUCCCUGCAAUGCGAAAACUGUCUAUUCAAAACAGCGAUGCAUUUGCUCUGGUGUACGCCGUAGAUGACCCAGAGUCCUUAGAGACGGUCAAAAGUCUCAGAGAUGAAAUCUUGGAGAUUAAGGAAGACAAGUAUACUCCCAUAGUGGUGGUCGGCAACAAAGUAGACAGAGAAGACGAGCGCCAAGUGUCUGGGGAUGAUGUUUUGUCCACUGUGGAGUUGGACUGGAACAGCAGCUACUUAGAGGCAUCUGCAAAGGAGAACGCUAACGUGGUGGAAGUGUUCAAAGAGCUCAUGCAGCAAGCCAACCUGCCCUGCCGCCUCAGCCCAGCGCUACGCAGACGCAGAGAGACUUUUCCCAAAGACACAGACUUCAGGCCGCCCAUGAACAAAACCAACAGCUGUAUUCUGUCAUAA